AUGGCGAAUGAACAAUCAGCAGCAUGGCCCAUCGCAGAUGAAGCUUUGACUACUGAACUGCUCGACCUAGUCCAGCAGGCAUCUCACUACCGCCAGCUCAAGAAGGGUGCUAACGAAGCCACCAAAACUCUUAACCGCGGAACUUCCGAGCUCGUUAUUUUGGCCGCUGAUACCAGCCCGUUGGCUAUCUUGCUCCAUCUCCCGCUUUUGUGCGAGGACAAGAACACCCCUUACGUCUAUGUUCCUAGCAAGGUUGCUUUGGGACGUGCGUGCGGUGUCAGCCGUUCGGUGAUCAGUGCCAGUAUCACCGUCAACGAGGCUAGUGAUUUGCAAGCGCAGAUUCUCAACAUCAGACAGAAGGUUGAGAGAUUGAUGAUUUAA